AUGUCGUCGUACUCGGCGCGUGCCACGACGCAGCCGAUGCAGGAGACGGAUGUGGCUCUGAUGGAAAUGGAGCUGCUCGAGCAGAACCAAAGGCGACUUGGAAAUCUAACGAGCCGCAUGACGACCAUCUUGAAUGGAUUCGAUCGGCGUCUUAUCCGGCUCGAGAGCAGUAUCUUACCGAUCCACAAAAGCACGCAACUUCUUUCGCGCAUCCAUGGGAAUGUAGAAGCCGUGCAGCGACAUCUUGAGCAACAUAUACGUCACUAUGGCAUUGAGAUCCAGGACGAGCCCUUCCUACGUCAGGGACCGGAUCCGCAGAAUCCUUGGGCCUACAUGGAAGCCAUCCAGCGCGUCGUCAACGACGCGACACCGUCGCAAGGCGCCCCUGCCGACGAUGUGAUAAGUAAGAGGAAGGCCAUCGUUGAUAUGGCUGCUCGAAAAUUAGUGCAGCUUGUGCAGCAGUAUGCUGUGUCCGAGCCCAUCGAUCCGCGCUCGUAUCUUGCCAGUCAGAUGCCGCACCUAUCUGGUGAAUGUCUCACGUCGAUCAAGGCACUCAUUCAGUUCCUUUAUACUCUGUCAGACACCCAAAGCAAGUCGGAUAAUACUUUUCGCCUCGCACUCAAAUCGCUGGCACGCGUGCGUGCCUCUUAUCUCACAUCAUCCAUGCAAAGCCUUACGCAUGCUGUUGUGCAGGCUGCCGACCACGUUCAGUCACAGCCGUCUGACAUGCCUCGAGAAGCUCAUGUGAAGUAUGUUUGUGGCGCUGCCCCUUUUUCCGAAUGGCUUCGAGCCCUGGUCAUGAUGAUGGAGAGUGAACAGGCAGCGGUCUCCUCGCUCUUCCAGGGCAUGAGCUGGAAGGCUUUGCUGGGCAGCACCCUGUCCCACAUCUUCCAACCCAUCGUCACGAACAUCAACACCCUCUUACCCCGCAUCCUGCCAAGACUACAACACGGUCUCCAGGCCCACCGCUUCCUGGCCCUGGACUUUGUGCGCGCAAGUCGCGCUGCUUUGGGUCCCAGCUGUGAAAUUUGGAACGGUCUUUUGCAACAUACCAAGUGCUCUUCCACCGAACUAUCCAGUGCUGUCAUAUCAUCCCAAAAAGACGCAAUUCUUUUUUUCCCCGAGCUUCUGCGCGAUAUCAAGGUCAUUCCCGUGCAGCGCGAACACGAAGCUUUGCAUGCGGACGUGAGCGACAUUGCUCGUUAUGGCAUAAGGCUGCUUCGCGACCUCACCGACUAUCAAGACAUACUAACUGUGCUUCUUACCUCAAUGGGCACGAAAAAUUGGACGUCGGAUGCCUCGGAUGUAUCGCCAUUAGCUGAUGGCCUAUGGGCAGAAUAUGCACGCGAUAUGCUCGCUUCCAUCGUGUCUUCUCUGGAACGCGCCGUGGCCGGCAGUUCCCAGCCCAUGAUCGCAUCCAUCUUUUUGCUCAACAACUAUACCUUCUUGCACACCGAGCUACGCAGUAUGUCGCUGAUCCCCGGCGCCAUGUCGGCCUGUGAUCAAGUUCUUUCUCGUGGGCUGCGCACAGCGCGCGUAUCUUAUCUCGAGACGUGGAAGGGGAUCAUACAGCCCCUUCAGACCGAGCCAUCAUUCGUACACACCAGUUCCACUCGUCAACACACUGUUCGAACAGAUCCUAUCCAGGUUUUUUUCGGGCUGCUCCAGAAAAUGGAGCAGGUGCACCACACACACCCACUCGUCCCUGGCAUCACUGCGUCUGUGCGAGACGACGUGAUUCAAAUCGUCAUGCCCCUGUAUGUUACUGCACUAGCCAAACGGCCAGCCGACGCUGGCGUGCGCAUGCCCACCGACACCGAUAUCCUACGCAUGAUCGAGCACAUGUAUGCUUCCUAG